GACGCAUCCUUGACCAAUGAGCGCUUGGGCAUGAAAAAGGCGCCAAGAACAGUUCACCCAAGUCGAAGAAAGAGAUGGCGACGGCGAUUCUGUAGCCGUGGCAGAUGGCGAGGGAGUGAGGGCUCCCCGGGCCCGGCAGGCCGGCCAUGGUGUCGCACAACCUCGCCUUCCUGGUGGACACGGCGACGUCGGAGCGCGACCUGAGCCCAGCCCUGGUGCGGCGGGCCGCGCUGCGGGUGCUGCUGCAUUCGGCCUGCCGCGCCGGCUUCCAGGACGUCCGCUGGGCUUUUAAACUCUUCGACUCGGCGGCCGCGCGUGGCCGCGUGUCCCGGGGCCACGGCUUCAGGGAGCUGCGGCUGGAGCACCUGGAGGAGCUGGAGGAGGCCCUGAGCCGGGGGUUGGGGCAGAGCCGGCGGCGGGGGACGGCGGCCGCCACUCAGACGGCGCUGAUCGAGGCCCUGUCUGACUACCCGUGGGACCGGCCCGACAUCACCUCCCCUGCCAAGUUGGGCCGCGGGUCAGCGGCCGAGGCCCCGCAGCCACGGCCUCGCAAUGUCCUCUUCCUCUUCGCCCCGUGCCCUCUCUCCCGGGCCGACCUGGGCAGGUUCCUGCAGCUCUCGGUCGCCGACAGCUGUCACCAACUGGCGGAGAAAAUCAUUCCGCCGCCGGCCCGGGCACUACUCUCCGGCCACAACAUCGCCCUGCAUUGGGUGGACACUCAGCCCUUGCAGCAGUUCGUUGGAGCUUCCGAUCAUGUUGGCUAUAGGUUAAUUUCAGAGGUGAUGCGAUUGGUUGGUGGGAGCUUAAUUCCAUUUGCUGCUUUAAUGGAGCUUUCACUUAAAGAUUCUUAUUUACCAUUUGAAAAAACUUCACUGGACUCUCAGCUCAGCCAGAAUGGAAAAUAUACCAAGGAAUGUGUAAAACAGUUGAAAACAGUGGAUGCUUUAUUCCCAUUUGAUUGCACCAUGAAUUAUUUUGUUAGCAUUGAUAGUUUCUAUCGAAAUACAUUUCCACUACAACAUGGAUUAGUGACUAUCGCACAAGGAGGGCAGAAGAUUUGCUGUCCUAUCACUUUGGAACCAAUUUCCUGUACUCAGGAAUAUCUGACCGAUUCAGUGAAUAUUAUUGUGAAAGGAGUUGUGAAGAAUUGGAAUCCAAAAAGAGGUGACUUGUCUACACAUUCUUGGGUCUUACAGCAAAGUGAACAGAAAAAAACUAAAGAUAGCAGUCUCCUUCAACGACUUCUGCAGAAAAUGGCUUACAGUGAAUUGCACAUGGUUGCUGAUAUAGAGAUGACUAAUGAUUGCCUGCCCACAUGUACAGGAAUACUGUCUCCCUUGCAUCAUAGUACUGCAAUUGUCACACUAAUUCGGGCACAGUCACCAGAGUUUGAGGAGCUUCUCUUGCAGGCAGGCAUAACAGAAGAGAACCACGAAAUGUCCUCUGAACUCUCACACAUUGUGGACAAAGCACUGAGCCUCAUUUCUGACAGUCCUGAAGAAUGUUUGACAAGUUCAGAAGAUAUUACUGUUCCAGACUGGGUGCACUUGGAGUUGUCGGAGACCUCCCACCAAAAUAUUUCCUUUGUUGAAGGGUGGUUUCCAUUAUCUGAAUUAUCAGGAGCAAGCUCCACUCUAAUGAAAUCAUUCAGAUCGAUUGAAGCCAUGGAUAACAAAGAGAAUGUAGACUCUGAACUUGCUCUAACUGGUCAUUUAGCUGAGUUUUACCAGAAGAAAUCUGCAGGUGAAGCUGGAGCAAAUAUAGAGCGUAAAGAUAAAAGAAGAAGAUGUGGUCCGCGAACUCCCAUCCGACAAAAGAUGAAAUCCAUGAGUCGCUCUCUCCAGAUGUUGAAUGUUGCUCGACUAAAUGUGAAAGCUCAGAAAAGUCAAACAGAUGGGGCACAAGCACCUUCUGGAGGAUUAUCCACCAAUCAAUCCAAAACACGUUCGGGGGACAAACGGAAAAAUAAAAAAGCGAGAAAGGAAAUUGCAGAUUUUAAAAGUAGUGAGGAGAUGGUAUCUAGCCUGAAAACGACUUACCAGAAAUGUGUUUUGGAAGAAGAACUGUCCCAGUUCAAUUUCAUAAAAAAUGCUGUCACUAUUAUUAAGAUGUAUCUAGAAUCUGGUAAUGCUGAAGAUCUUGAGGCAUCAAGCAUAAAUCUGAUCCAGACACAGCUACUGAAAAGCAGUAAAUCAAUUCGACAGCACUAUGGAAACCAGGAAGAUAAGGAAUUUAAAGUCAGAGACUGCCAACUUCAGGUCCUGCUGCGGUUGGAGAUGUGCCAGCAGUUUCCAUCACUACAAAGUGACGGUGAGCAGUUGGAACAGCUAGUGGAAGAAAUGACAAAUCUCCUGCGCAUUAUUUCUUUAACAAAAGAUACCACAUUCCUCACAACGUUUCUGGAGGAGGAAAUUUUAAAUACAUAUUUGCUCACGUUGCCAAAGAUAUUGGGGGAGUUGUAUUUCGGAUUAGGGCAGAAUGUUCCAGCACGUCUCGCCUCACGGCUUCCUGCUGAUUUCUUCAGUGAUGAAUCUAUGAGUCAAGAUCCCGAGUCUGCCGGUAGCUCCCAGCCUACCUCACUGGCUCCAACUAGCAGCUGUGCAGACUUUGAAGGAGAACAGCUGGAAGAACUGCGUACCAGGUCUUGUAGGAAAAGAAGGAAACUUCUAAUGGCUAGACAUCGGAGUUUGUCAGAAGUAUCCCAUAAUCUACGGCAAAUCCAAUUGCCAAAGAAGUCUGUAAAACAGGAGAAUGUACAGUCUCAUCUGUCCUUGGCUAUUGAGCAACCAACGCAGCUUCAGUCUUCGUCACAAAAAGAAGUGCAAGAGGUUACAAAAGUGAGAAGAAACCUUUUCAAUCAUGAAAUGUUGUCUCCGAGGAAAAAAUCAAAGAUGCCAAGAAGCCAGUCUUUGUCAGUUGAUAAGGGAGUGAAGCAAUUACACAAUGAAGAAAAUACCACUAAAAGUAAUCGGAAGUUGCUAACCAAGAAGGUGACUGAGACACCACUUCACAAGCAGGUAUCACAGAGGCUUCUGCGUAAACAGAUUCAAGGAAGAUGUUCAGAGUCCAAUUUUGAUGUUGGUUUUGUGGAGGAAUCUCCAGAGAAAGCAUUGUCUGACAGCUCAUGUCUGAGGAGGAGCCCACGCAUCAGGAAAGCAUCUCUUACCCGGAGACAUUCUAGCUCAUUCUAUUCUUAUUCUCGCCCAAUGUCUCGGAGUCUGGAGCGAAUCCAAUCAUUGUCACAAAAAGCAAAAGGAGCAGACAAAGAAGCUAUCCAGUCUCCAAAUCGUCUUCUCUUUGGUGCUGUGCUUGGGCAUGUCAGUCCUAAGGGCAAAAGAAUUCAUUCACCUGAGGGAUUAUUGGCUCAGGAUCUAAAAUCUUGUCCGAAGCUGAGCUCGCCUGACAAGACCAGAGCUGCGCAGAAAACAGUGCCAGCUCGUCAUUAUUUAACACCAAGGAAGAGAGCAAAAAAUGUCAAAAGCCCGUCCAAGCGACUAAAUUUUGCCAAAGAAUCUUCACCCUGGAAUAUAGCAACAGAUUCGCAGUUUCAAUCACCAAGACGAAGUGAACGUUUGGUUAAAGCAACUCAUGCAGAAGAUAAUUCACCUUCAAAAACAGAAAGUGAAUCCUCUUUUAAAUUGUCUUCCACUGUCCAGCUGAAGCUGUCAUCUUACAAGGAUCAUUCACCAGCCAAACAGUCUUCUCUUUGCAGAAACUCAACUGCAGACUUUGGUUCCCAAGUGAAAACACCAAUUAAAGAAGCAUCUCCGUUGAACAGUUCAGUAAUAGAGUUAAAAAAGCUGUCUCCAUCUGGUUUGAUUGAUUCCUUGUCAAAAGAUAAACAAUCAAGGCUCAGUACAUCAGGGAAACUAAAAUUAAGCAGGUCAAAAUUUGAUGAACUAUUGAUUUCUCACACAUCAGUGAAAUCUUUUGUUUCUCCCCAAAAAUUAUGCUUAUCAGAGUCUACAAAAGAUGGUGAAAGAGUACAUGAUUUAAGCUCACCAGAUAAAAAUGUCUGUUUGCAAUCAAAUCCAAGCACCCCUUCUACACCAAGGAAUAUCAGUGAAGCCAGUCUUGAAACACUACUUAAAACUCCAGUCAUGACCAGAUCUAUGCGUAGUCUGCAUACACCAGCCAAAUUUAAUGAGAGUCCAGGGCAAACAAGAGUUGAAUUUUGUGCUACUCCUUCAAAAUCUCAAUUGAAGACACCAUCUAAAUCUGUAACACCUCCUAAAAGCCCGGUAAAGACACGGUCAAUGUUUAACAAAACACCAGCAAAACCUCAAGCAAAGCUGCCACCAAAAUAUUCAAUGUCGCCUCAAAGCCCAAUGAGGUUUAACAUAGAAUCUCAACCUGAUGUGCAUAACUUAUUUGAAGCCCCAGCAAUAUUGGAUGCAUCAAUUAAAUUGGUUUCUGAAGUGGAAGCAAGUAUAGCAUCAAUGAAAAUUCCACCAAAACAUGGCACUUCCAUGCCCAGAUUAAACCAAGUUUUUGAAACUCCAGAAAAACACAAGAGGACAAUUUAUAAUGCAAGGGAGAACUCCCUGAAAAACAAGAUAUCUGGGAAAUUAAAGUCCAGUAUAUGUGAGAGUGAGAAACAAGAAAACAUUAGUAUUCCUAAAACAACUGAAAGCUUUGCUGCCAGCCAAACAGUUUCUGGCAGUUGGUCAGAAACAGUUUGUGAUAGCUUGCAGAAUCUUAAAGAAGACUUUUAUAAACCUGUUGGAGCUUCCUCAUGUCCUUCUCAAAGCACGACUUUUGAACAUGUUCCCGGUGUCGUUUUGAUAUCAGAGAAACCAGAUUUGUCUCCUUUGGUGAGUAGAGUUGAUUCUAGUUCAAAUGGCUUGCAAACAGAACAAAAUGGUGACAUAUCUCAAGGUUACCAUUUACCACAGGAAGGCUCUGACUUAAGAAUGAAAUUUGCUUGGCAGAGCAACUCGUCUAAUUCCAGUGUUGUUACUUGUGUUGCCCCAACUAAGUCACCCCUCCAUCAAAAGGAAUCUAUGUCAUAUGAGUUCCGCUGGACUCCGGAUAGGAGACAGAGACUUGCGGCAGCACAGCAACAGCAGAUGCUUGAAGUUCCAAGGGAAGUAUCAACUCUGAGUACUUGGGAUCGGCCGUCAAUGCCAACCUAUGAGGUUGAGUUGGAAAUGCAAGAUUCUGGACUUCCCAAACUCCGAUUCAGGAGGACCAAUUCCAGUGUGGGAAUUGGUCCAAAGCUGAAGAAAUGUACCACAGAAUGCAAUAAUAGUCCUCCUUCAGUUAGUUUAAAGAGAAGUGGAUGUGAAAGCCCAGUAAGCGAGGUGCAUACACAGUGGUGCGUCAAACAUUUGGGAAAAACUGAAGCAGGCCAAAUUUCCCCAUCGCUUUGUUUCCAUGCUUCUCUCAGUACUCCAGCAAAGGCUACACCCAGAAAAGGUGGUGUGCAGACUUAUAUCUGUCAAUCCUAUACUCCAACCCAAUGCUCCUCUAACACAUCCUCGCCCUCACAGACAGAUUUGGGAGCUGUUCCUUGGACUCCUUCACCCACACACAAGCUUUGGCCCUCCCAAACACCAGAUGCUAUUAAAAACUGGCCAAGAAAAAAGAAGGCAGCCACCACCCCACUCAAUCAAAAGAAUCAGAAGAAGGGUGAACCUAUCAUCAUGCAAAAAGAUGGGAGCACUUCUACUGAACACCAUAGUAACAAAACUCUGCCUUCAGAAGAGUUGGGUAUGGAAGGAGUGAGCAGGUUACAAGAUCAAUACCCUAAUGUGGAACGGGACCAAAGAUUUCCAGAUAGUCCAGUGACAAAAUUUGCCCUUCAUUCCAGAAAACGUGGGAAUAGUUUUAUCACUCCUGUUGCAACAGAAGGAAGGGAAGUUAAAAAGCACAAAGAGACAAAUUUUACUGGAACUUCAGAAUCGGGAUUUACAUCAGUAGAGUUGCAAAUGAAACCGUCUUCAUCUAGAUCUUUUGCUCCUAUUCAAAAAGAUAGAUUGCACUGUUCAGUUGAGGAUGAUGUCUUCAGUAAUCCAGCUGAAACAUCACCAAGUCGUAGAGUUAGAUCAGGUCUGUCUGCCAGUGGCCUGCUCACACUCACUCAAUCACCUUUGUUGUGUGCUGGAAGAACACCAGCGAAGAAAAGAGGUGGUACCAGAGGUACUGUGCAAACAGACAACUCCCCUUGCAAGAAAUUCGCUGGUGACAUGGAUCAAGAUUAUUCUCCUUUCGCUAAAAUGCCAGUUCGCCGAUGCAUUACAAAGACCUACUCCAGAAAAAAACUUGCUACUUCACUAGAACCAUCUUAGUCAUGGUGUCAACCCCUCAUAGUUUUGUUUUCUUUUCUCUGGGGAAAUGUUGCACAGUGGUGUGGUCCUCUUGAAAGUUGUAAUUGCUUGUAGUGAUAACAGUGGAUUGGAUAAAGUAGUUCAAAUGGCGUGAACUCGGAACAUUGCACUAGCUUUAAGUAAGCUUAGUCACAUAGUAGGUUUGACAAAUUGAUCACGUUGUAUUUGAAACCCCACCCCUUAAGUGUCAGUGUAUACUUGAGCCACAACCAUGUGGACUAAAUAAAGGUAAAGUCUGAGUGCCCACAGUGGGGCAUUUGCUAGGUCUUCUUCACAAGACUGGACCAAAUGGAAAGGGUUAACUUUCUGUUAACUUAAAUUUACACACUGCAAAGUGUUGGCUCAAUUACCACUUUUUAAUGUUUGAAUAGUUAAGGAAGGCAAUAGUAAACCUAGUUGUCAUUUAUAUACAACCAAUGAUUUUAAAUUCUUUGCAAAUUACAUUAUUUUAAUUAAGGGGAACAAUUUAAUAUAGCCAAUUUUAAAUUCUCCAGGCUUUCUUUAUCUUUAACAGCAUUUGUGACAUCAUGAAAUGUUUAAAAGAAGCUACGGUGAAUUUCCAGUGACUUUUAAGAGUGCUACCCAGCAGUGUGAGAAGAAAACAGAUUUUUGAAUCACAUGCUUCUGCCCCUUGCACUGCAGUGAAUAGCCUGUGCAAGCCUGCAGUUUUGGAAUUCAUCAGAUCUUGGGCUCCUCUCAGUGGUUCAGUCCUCGAUUAUCUGUCUUUUUAAAAAGUUCAUUUGCACCCGUUUUAAAAUUUGGAAUUCUGAAUAUGCUCACAGAACAUUUUAUUGUGGAGCACCCAAGUUAUAUUUUGUACUUUUAAACUUAAAUACAAUUUUAUCUUUUCAAGCGUGUCACAUUUUAAAUUCAAAUUGAUUUUUGUGGAGUAAUAAUACUUGUAUUUCUUUUAAGUUAUCUCGUUGAUAAUUACAAUAGAAGAGAAAUGAGCUAGACACAUGCUGAAUGCAGAUGUAUGUUAUGCAUAAGCUUUCUAUUUAUGAACUAAUUUUGGGAAAGUGUAAAUACUGUAAAGUGCUUUUAAAUGAAAGCUAUUAUAAGUUUUGUAAAGUUAGUGAUAAAUUCAUUGUUUUACAAUGUGUAAAAUUGAGUGCAGUUUGUACAUACAUGUUACUGCAUGUGGAAAAUGCAUUAAAGACAAUUGAGCCUUG